AAAUACAUUUUCAUUUUCGGGUGAACUAUUCCUUUAAUAUGACUCCCAAAUCAUCAUUGGUGAAUGCACCUGAUUGGUUUUAGCCACAUUAGUAAUUAAAUGGAGAUAUCCUAUGUUGGCUACAUUAUAAAUACAUUUCUAUCUGGAAGGUCCAGAGUAAAUAUUUAUUAAGCAAAAUUGCCAAAGGGUGAAUGUCUUUGUAUAAAACAUAUAAUCCAUCUUCUGAGCAUGUGGAUUUCUGAAUGCCAUAUUGUGUUCAUGAGUAGGCCUAUUUGUGAAUGAAAGACCCUCCCACAUCCACCAGAGCAACAUAUAAAACCUGUAGUCUCCGCGCACUCUUAAAGACGCUAAAGAUGCGCAGACGGGUGACUACUGACAGUCUCGUGCGCACUGGGUCAGUAAAACGGCACCUACUAAACCUGAACUAAUUUAAAACUGUCGAGAUAUGAAGAAAAUGCCUGUCCUUACGUUAAACUUGAGCGAUGCAACUUUGGAGAUGGAAGCCACCGGAGAUGAACCCCGGGACGAGCAUUUAGCUCAAAUCGAAAUCGCGCUGCUGAGCGUCAUCUUUCUUUGCGCAUCAUUUCUGAACUUUGGUCUGCUUCUAGUUUUGUGGAAGAAAAGACAGCAGAUGUCCAGGAUGCGCGUGUUUGUGAGCCAUCUCUGCUUGGCGGACCUGGUGGUCGCCUUUUUCCAGGUGUGUCCACAGCUGAUGUGGGACAUAACCGACCGCUUCAUCGGUCCUGACCUCGUAUGUCGUCUGGUCAAGUAUCUGCAGAUCGUCGGCAUGUUCGCCUCCACUUACAUGAUAGUUGUGAUGACUGUUGACCGUUAUCAGGCGAUCUGUAACCCCAUGGUGACUUUCCAGAGGCGACGCGCGCGCUGGAACCUGCCAGUGUGCGUCGCGUGGCUCGCGUCGUUCGUCUUCAGCGUCCCGCAGCUGUUUAUUUUCUCCAGGGUUCAGAUCGGCCCGGGUGUCUACGACUGCUGGGCACAGUUCAUUCAGCCGUGGGGACCUAAAGCGUACGUGACGUGGACGACGCUGGUGAUAUUUCUGGUGCCCAUCGUAACCGUGACGGUGUGCCAGGUGCGCAUCUGCCGCGCGCUCCAGACCAACCUGUACCUGAAGACCCAGCAGCAGCACCAUCUUUCCUCCAGGACCAGCAACGUGGCGUCGGUGUCCAAGUCUCGAAUUAAGACCGUGAAGAUGACGGUGGUGAUCGUGCUCGCCUACACCGUGUGCUGGGCUCCGUUCUUCACCGUUCAGCUGUGGUCUGUGUGGAACGCGGACGCUCCGACCGAGACUGCAACCUUCACCAUCAUCAUGUUGCUGGCGAGCCUGAACAGUGUUGCCAAUCCAUGUAUCUACCUGCUUUUCACUGUGAAGUUCCCCAAACUGUUGAGAGCUCUCCUGUGCAUGAAGCAUACAGACUUGAAGGGGUCGCUGCCUGAGGAGGCUACAAUGGUCAGCUCUCUGUAUCUGAGCAUUAAAAGCCACUCUGACAUAGAGUGAAAAUGAAACAACACUAACAAACAUGUUCAAAUGUCAUGAACGUGUACCAUGUUAGUAUUCUUUGAAGUACGAAGGAGUACAUGUAAAUAGUACAUGCAUAUGCUUCAGUACUACUGUAUAUAUCACAGUACCAUGCUAUUACCAUCUGAUACAUCACUGUACCGGUGCUAUCACAGUACAUCUAUGUAAAGAAAAUCACUGGCAUCUCAUUGUGAAGUGUAUCAAACAGCUUUGGAGGUUUAUGAUUCUUUCUAUUUUUACACUGAAUUAAUGUUAAACUCCAACUUUAUCUCCCGCUGAUCCUCAAUUCCUUUCAUUUGCCCCUAAAAAUAUGUUUUUUCCAGUCACUUAGUGAUUUUUAUUAUUUCUAUUAUUUAACUGUAGAGAGCAAGCAGGAAAAUAAAUUGCUCACAGUGUGUGGUGUCCUAAUCACUAUCACAGUGGUGUACAAAAUACAGUGUCUUUAAAUAUUGAGAAACACAUCUGACUACUUGUGUGGUGGAUAUUGUUAUGAAAAUGCCUGUACAUGUUCACUGUUCUGUGUGUCAAUAAAGUGCUUUAACAUUUGGCAUUGGAAUCGGUUUAUGUUUGAAAGGUAUGUUUUUAAUGUAAUUUGUGGCUUUGAGACUUGUGAGCUUCAGGUGAAAGAUAAGACUAACAACAAAAGUAAGCCAUGUGUGGAGAGAAGCAAAGCCAUAACUAACAGCAUAAAAGAGCAUGACAGUAUUUUUUCAGCUGUUAAGACUACGUGACUACGUGUGGUCUGACCCCUUUAAUUAAAGCUAUAACCCACC